GCCCGCGGCGAUUAACUCCUUAUUUCUUUAUUACGCAACAACCUGUUUGAGCCGCACGAAGGGAAUCAAUCCGGACCGGCUUCGUCCGACGCGAGGCGGUCGACUCGACGCGCACCAAAUCAUCCCGUUCAGUAUUAGCUCGGCCUGCGUACCGCUAACACACACUCUUCUAAUCUUCACGAACCCGCCCGAGGAAGAGACACGAUGAACGCGUCCAUACUCAGAUCCGCCUUCCGCGACAUCCCGCAAAAGUUGACGCGAACGCGAAAACUGCAUUUAUGCGCGUCAAGACUCAAUCAGAACCCAAGUCCUUUAACGCAAUUUACGGACGAUGAGAUUAUGAUGAAAGAAACCGUCGCUAAACUGGCCAAGGAGGAGAUCGCUCCUCUGGUACGAAAGAUGGAAAACGAGGGCAAAGUAGAUGAUGGCGUUUUAAAGACGUUGUUCGAGAAUGGAUUGAUGGGCCUCGAAAUUCCAACAGACUACGGCGGCGCAGGCUGCAAUUUUAUGAGCACGAUUUUAACCGUGGAGGAAGUCGCGAAAGUCGACGGAGCCGUGGCCGCUCUCGUUGACAUCCACAACACUUUAGUCAACUCGUUGAUCAUCAAAGUUGCCUCUAAGGAACAGAAGCAGAAAUAUCUGCCUAAACUAGCACAGAAUUACGCCGGCAGUUUUUGCCUGACUGAACCCGGUUCCGGAUCCGACGCGUUUUCUCUCAAGACCGAAGCGAAGAAGGACGGCAGCGACUACGUGAUAAACGGGACGAAGAUGUGGAUCUCGAAUUCCGACAUCGCAGGCGUAUUCUUGGUUUUCGCCAACGCAAAUCCUUCCGCGGGGUACCGCGGCAUCACGACUUUCUUCGUGGAGCGCGACACGCCCGGUUUAACGGUAGCCAAGCCUGAAGACAAGCUAGGCAUCAAGGCAUCCGGAACUUGCAUGGUCCAUUUUGACAACGUCAGGAUACCUGAAAGCAACAUCUUGGGUGAAUUUGGGCACGGAUAUAAGUAUGCCGCUGGGUUUCUGAACGAAGGUAGAGUAGGCAUAGGUGCUCAAAUGAUUGGCAUAGCGCAGGGAUGCUUGGACGCGACCAUACCGUAUACGCUGGAAAGGAAGCAGUUUGGAAAGGACGUUUUCUCAUUCCAAUCGAUGCAACAUCAAAUAGCUCAAGUAGCAACAGAGUUGGAAUGCGCCAGGUUGCUGGUUUACAACGCUGCGAGAUUAGUGGACGCUAAAAAGGACGUGAUGAAGGAAGCGGCUAUGGCCAAAUUAGUUGCGUCCGAAACUGCGCUGCGCGUCACUGCAAAGUGCAUAGACUUCAUGGGCGGCGUCGGUUUCACGACGGACUUUCCGCAAGAGAAAUUCUUCAGAGACUCGAAGAUCGGUACCAUUUACGAAGGUACAAGCAACAUGCAGCUGUCAACGAUCGCAAAGUGUAUACGUAAGGAAUAUUCGUAAAUCAUUAUAUAAGCUUUUAUGUAGCUGUUGUAUAAGCUAAAACUGUGAUGUACGUUUAGCUUAUAGAUCGCAGCAUAAGAUCACUUCUAAGAUAAAGCGUAUGUACUGUUUUCCCUACAUUGUAAGAAUAUAUUUUUGUAUUUUUAUAACUCGGUUAGCAUCAAGUGUAUAAGAGACCCUCCAAUUCUAAAGCAAGUUCUGAGAUUCGAAAAGUGCGGAAAUUUAACGAAACAAAUUCACUACAGUAAUAUGUAUGGAUAAGAGAGAUGUAUGAAACCGUGAUACGUACAAUAAAAUGAAACGAUUUGACAAUC